GCUAUAUAUAAUUACCCCCGGGGUUUCUUCUUGUUUCUCCAUCUCCUUCAAAAACAAAAAAUUCCAAAAAGAUGACUGAUCUUCCGCAAGGAGAUGAAACUGUGACACUUAAAUUGUUGAAGCAAAAAAUGCAUGAUUUUGCUCUUGAAAGAGAUUGGGAGCAAUAUCAUAGUCCUAGAAAUCUCUUAUUGGCCCUGGUGGGAGAAGUUGGUGAAUUGUCGGAGAUAUUUCAAUGGAAAGGAGAAGUGCAAAAGGGACUGCCUGAUUGGAAAGAAGAAGAGAAGGUGCAUUUGGGCGAGGAGCUAUCCGACGUCUUAUUGUAUCUUGUUAGAUUGUCUGAUAUUUGCGGCGUCGAUUUAGGUCAAGCUGCCCUUCGUAAGAUCGGUCUUAACGCAAUCAAGUACCCGGCCCCUAAUGCGAAUUCUUCAUCACAAUGAAUAAAUAUGUGCUUUGUGUUUAUGGUACUUGUCUAUUAUAUAAAUUAAGGGUCGGGGUAUGAGUUUAUGUUCAAGUUGAAUAGGAAACAUGUCUUUCUUACAAGAUGGAAGAACUUCAAUCUGAUUAAUUUUGGCAUUGUUUUGCUAGUAACCUUGUCCCUUUAAAAGAUAAUCAAGGGUAUUGUCAUUAUCUAUUAAUUUUGAGUUUAUAUUCAAGUU